GUUUUCGGGAAUGUGGUCCCUCUUCAGGUUAGUCGAGUCCGGCUUUCGCUGCAAGUUGAUCGAGGCGGGGUCGGACUUCGGCGGUACGUGGUACUGGAACCGCUAUCCCGGAGCCAGAGUCGACACCGACGUCCCAAGCUAUGAGUUCGAACUCGAAGAGCUCUGGAAGGACUGGAAUUGGCCAGAGGUCUUUCCAGGAGGCGAAGAUCUGAGAGCGUAUUUCAAAUCAGUUGGCCAGAAACUUGAUCUUCGUCGACACUGUCUGUUUGACCAUGCCGUGAGGAGUGCCCACUGGGGCGAGAUAUCUCACUUGUGGAAUGUCACAGCUGACGGUGCUGCUGGGGUGUAUGAAGCAAGCAGCCGUCACGUCAUUUUUGCCCUUGGAACUUCUGCCCAACCGUACAUUCCGAACAUCAAAGGCUUAGAUCGUUUCUCUGGUCAUUGUAUGCAUACGGCUCGAUGGCCAAGAGAUGGACUGGAAACUCGAGGCAAGCGAGUAGGCAUCAUAGGGACAGGCGCGUCCGGUGUACAAGUCAUCCAAGAGGUUGGACCUGUGGCAGAGAAACUAACGGUUUUCCAACGAACUCCAAAUUUGGCUAUUCCAAUGCGCCAACGAGCGUUGCAGGUGCAAGAACAGACAAGCGCGAAGUCCUCGUACCCGGAUAUCUUCAACAACCGCCAUGGAACAUUUACUGGGUUUUCCUAUGACUUCAAUCCGCGCAAAACUGAGGAGGAUACUCCCGAACAACGAGAGGCGUUCUGGGAGGGGCUGUGGUCUUUGGGAGGAUUCCGCUUUUUUGUUGGGGGUUACCACGACCUUUUCUUUUCCAAGGAGGCUAAUGACUUAGCGUAUGCGUUCUGGAGGAAGAAAGUGAGCGAGCGUAUCAGAGACCCAAAGAAACGUGACCUACUGGCGCCCGCCAUAUCACCCCAUCCCUUCGGAGCCAAGAGAGUAUCUCUUGAGCAAAACUACUGGGAAGUUGUGUGCCAGGACAACGUCGAUAUAGUAGAUGUAAACAACGACCCCAUCGUCGAAGUUACAGCGACUGGCGUCAGGACGGCGAAGCGAACGUAUGACCUGGACAUCCUGGUACUAGCGACAGGUUUCGACGCAUACACAGGGAGUUACCUUCAGAUCGACAUCCGAGGAGAAGAGGGUAGGACCAUCCAAGAGCACUGGCGAGAGGGAGUACGAAGCUAUCUUGGAACAACAGUCAACAAGUUUCCUAAUCUCUGGUUCAUGUACGGGCCCCACUCUCCUGGCGCAUUCAGCGUUAUGCCUGCUCUCGCGGAGGUCCAGGGUGGAUGGAUCGUAGACGCCAUGAAACAGCUUAGAGCGGAAAAUGUCACCAAGUUCGUCGCACGGACUAACGCUGCAGAAGCAUACAGUCAGCACGUCCGCGAGCUUGCCCCGCCGUUGCUGCUCCAGGCGAAGAGUUGGUAUCUUGGUGCUAACAUACCCGGCAAGGUCCAAGGCAUACACGACUAUUUUGGAGGCGUCCCCGCAUACAUUCAAGAGCUCAAAGAAGAGGCGGAAAAGGGAUAUCCAAACUUCCAAAGGGCUCGCUUAGCAGACAGUCAUAAGGGAGAGGAGGUUCGGGCAAAACUUUGACGAUGCUAUAUUGUUGGACAGUAGUCUUUGACUCCUUGGAGGUACUAGCUAACAUGAUCCUGUACGAUAUAAGCGAAUUAGCCGUUUGUAAC